AUGAUUAACCAAUUAAACGAUGGUUUGGUUCGUCUGAACGGAUGGUCACAAGUGGUUCCCAUAUCAAUGCCCUGGGCCUCAGACACCACCACAAACACCACUACUACCGCCACUUCAGCCCCCAAUCCUCCGCAUAUGAUGACCACUACUCACUCACCACAAGUCGAUUAUCAACAAAAUGUGAUGCACUUCACGGCCAACGCAUCCCAACAACACAUGAAUCCAUCACUUCUUACAUAUCCGAGUCAUCCGAUCGGCAAUCCAUUGCCGACGACAACGAACCCAGUGUUGGCCACAAAUGAGUGUCCGCUGGAUGUGUGUCCGGAUCCGUGCACUUCACAGACGGCCACGCGUUGGGAACUCUUGAAUAAUAUCUCGUCUUCGGCCGAAUCGAUGCGUUCAUCGCAUCCACACCUGAAGAGACGCAACGAGAGCUCGGAUGACGAGUACGACGACGGAAGGCCUGUCAAGCAGUACAUCAGCGAAGAGAAAGUGUCGGCCAUUUUUAAUCGUCUUCACAUAACGAAUGGUAAUUCCGGUAAUAAUGCGAUUCAUAUGUUUGAUGUGAACGACAAGUGCGAAGACGAAGACUUUGAGGACCAGUCGACGUGUGAGGCCGACUCUAGUGAUAAGAGUCCUAUAGUUUUCGCCCACGAGUUGCAGAAUGCGAUCAAAUCGAAAACAAUGACCGAAAGACUGGUCCAAAGCGAAAUCGACAAACACUCGAAGGCUGUGGUUAUUUGGCGGCCAAACAAUCCUCUAUUUUCCAUUGGCUUUAACUCGAAGUCCGCCGACAAUGACGAAGAUGUGGCCAAAGACAGAGAAUCGGCCAAUAAAUCCGAUAACAGUUUCAAUGAUUCAGACAUUGAUUUCAGUCAAGAAAGAGAUGAAGAGUUUAUUGAUUACGACAAUGACAUGGAGUUAUGUCUUUAG